UACAUUCCAGUAUAUAUCUAUGAAUACCGUUCGUUAAUGGGGCUCAAGAAUUGCGAAGUUCAAAUUUAUACAUUACAAUUGAAUCGGUUUUUGCUUUUCAAUUGGUACCCGUUCUUAUAAUGGUUCUGUUUUGGUUGUUCCAUUUUAGCAAACCGAAAUAUUGGGUUGGUACACUGAAUCGGUUUGGGACCCGAAUUGAAUCCAGCUCUAAUCAUUCGUAGCUAGAUAUUUGCGUUUUUAGAGAUUAAUGCACAAGGGACAUAAUUUACUCCAGUUUGUAUGAAAAUCAAUGGUUUGUAAGUUUUUAUAAUAUAUUUUCCUUAAAUUGUGGCAAUGGGAAGGGGGUCAGUUUAUUUUGUAUUCCAUUUUUAUUGUUUUGCAAUUCAAAAUUUAAAACAUACUUCCACACUUGGCUAAAACCUAUCAAGCUCACUUGAAUGAAGCAGCGAGAAGCAGUUAUAUAAGACGAGGAUAUGCAACAAUAAGAAGUCAUACUCGAGAUCCGUGGUUGGCGCUACUGCAGAACUAGAAGUGCAAAACUAGAAGAAGUCUGAGAUUGCAGGAUAUUUCCAAAGUCUAUCAUGCCACAAGGAGCAGAGGGUUUGGCAUCAAGAAAUUGGUGGUUCGGCCCAGUACAUACUUGUGAGAAAAUUGAAGAUGCUAAAAGUGCCUCUUAAGAAACUGAACGAAAGGGAAUUUGGGCACAUUUCUAGCAAAGCUAAAGCGGCUAAAGAAGAGUUUAAAAGAAUUCAAAACCUUGUGCUCCAAUCUCCAUCGGAUGCCGAACUCCUACGUCAAUUGAAGGAGAAAAGGGCUCGGGCCACAUUUCUUAGUGAAGCGGAAACAAGCUUUUACCAACAAAAGGCAAAGGCGAACCAUAUCCUGGAGGCAGAUAAAGGCACAAGGUAUUUUCAUGCGAUCGUGAAGAGGAACGCCACGCGGAAUUCGAUAUCUUCUAUCACUCUUGAAGAUGGUAGUCUUACUACAUCUUUAGAGCAAGUUGGUGAUGAGUUUGUAAAAUUUUUUAUUGAUUUGUUUGGUACAGGUACCGAAUGCCAUCAUUUUGAUCCCAUGGUGUUGGGAUCCGGUCCCCUGGUGGAACCUAGUUUCCAUGACAGCCUGCUUGCGCCGAUUGAGACAAUAGAGAUUAAAAAUGCUCUAUUUGACAUCGGCAAUGAUAAGGCACCGGGACCGGAUGGUUAUUCAUCUGCAUUUUUUAAAUCUAAUUGGGAACUUAUUGAGCAUGACAUAGUCCAGGCCGUCAAAGAGUUUUUCCGUUCGGGAAAGUUACUAAAGCAAAUUAACCACACGGUUAUUGCGCUUAUCCCAAAAAAGAAUCACUCACCGAAGGUCUCGGACUAUAGACCAAUCUCAUGUACAAAUGUGAUGUAUAAAAUUAUUACAAAAAUCCUUGCGGCUAGACUCACUCCAUGCCUCCCCGGCUUGAUUGAUUUAGCCCAAGGUGCUUUUG